AUGAACGCCAGCACCUCUGGGAUUCACAGCAGCUCAGCCCACCGCUUCCAGAUGAGCCCCCCCGCCACGGGCUUGCUGGACGCCUCGCGGGUGGGGGAGCAGGUCGCAGCAGCUCUCCCGCUAGGCCAAGCAACCACCGGGGCUCCUUCCCCGGGGGCCCUGCGCUCCCGAGAUAAGGAUUCGGGGGGGACGGCGGGGAGAAAGCGGUCCCGAGGCCCGGCCUGGGCUCAGGGAGCACCACGCCCCGCACCCGACUGCCGCGGGACCGCCCGCCGAGAGUCACGCUCGGGAGGGGAGGCCCCAUCCUGCCGCUACCCGGCGCUCUGCUCGCGCGGGCCUCGAGGCGCGUGGCGGCGGCGAGGCGUCGGGACCGGACGGGCUGCGCGAUCGCGGGGCACCCAGCAGGGCUCCUGUGCCUUCAGGAUGAAGGCCGCGCUGGCCCUGCUGCUAGUGGCACUGCUGGCCACGGAGCCAGCCCGCGCCCUGAUGUGCUUCUCCUGCAGCAACCAGAAGAGCAACUGGUUCUGCCUGAAGCCCACCAUCUGCUCCAGCGAAGACAAUUAUUGCGUGACCUCGACGGCAUCGUUGGGCAUUGGCGAGAACAAGGCCUACGAGUUGAAUAAAGGAUGCUCACCCAUGUGUGCUGGGGUUGGUGUGGACCUCGGCUUGAUGUCCGUGGGCACCAGAUGCUGCGAGAGCUUCCUGUGCAACUUCAGUGCUGCGGACGGCGGGCUCCGGGUCAGCACCCCAGUGCUGUGCCUUGGGGUCCUGUUCAGCCUCUUGCAGGCCCUGCUCCGGCUGUACCCCUGAUCUGUGCUCCUGCCUGCAGUCACUGCCCUCUUCUGGCUCCCUGCUACAGUGCCCGCCCACAGGAGCAGAGACCCCGUCCCCCCGGCUGUCCCCAGAGGGAGGAAAAUGGGGACUGAGUGGCCGAGGGGCCAGGGACCAGGAGACCAACCAGCAUGACCACCCCAGAGAUUCCUACAUUCAGCCCUAAUGACAUUCCGCUCGCACUGCCCCAGCCCAUGGUCCAUUCAGCUUGUCUAGUCUUGGGGGAGGUGGGGUCCCAGCUUCCAGCCUCAGGAACUGGCUUCCACACCCCAAAUCCGUACCGCACCAAGUUCAUCCAUUCCCCCUCCCACACUGGAGCCCUCCACUGCUUUGGUGCCUCAAUAAAGACAUUCUCGCCCUCUC